GAAUAUAAAUGACACCAUCUCAUGCAAGGUCAAAAAACAAGGUUGCGUAUACCUGCACUGGUAUAAAUAUAGCGGCAAGUCUGAAAUAAGGAACACUGCAACUAAUAAUUCGCUGCACCUUCUAGAGAGAAUAAGUCUCCGACUAUGCAUUUCAACGCAGUGCUGGCAUUACUUCUUACUGUUGGUCCAUUAUGCGUCCUAGGACAGGCUCUAGUUCCCCUCAACAGGGGUAGAGACGCUGGAGCUUCAAUUUUUGACACCCUAGAUGCAAUAUUGAGCGGAUCGCAAUACCAUAAUGUCAUGUUCCUAAUGGACAGCAGUGGAAGCAUAUCAGACUCUGAGUUCGCCGUAUCAAAGGAAGCGACACAGGCAAUUCUUAGCGUCGUUGAUUUCAUCCCUUCAUCCAACGCUAUAGCAUCAGAUAAACAUAAGAUAGGUCUGGUGCGGUUCUCUUCUGAUGCAAACACAAAGGUCAUAAUCAAAUUGGGGGAGCAUGCUAGCUUCAGUAAGAACAACGAGGAAAUUGGCAAGGUGGUAAAAGAAGGCGGUUUGACUAACACCAAAAAAGGCUUACUACUCGCUCAACUACAGUUGGGAUUUCGAGGAGGAUCUGCUAGAAAGCAACUUAUCUGGAUGUCAACUGAUGGCAUGUCCAAUGAAGGAGGGGAUCCCAUUGAUACAGCAAAUAGUUUGAAGGGACGGGGUGUCACCAUUUGCGUCACUGCCAUUGGAAACAGCGUAAACCAUGCCGAAAUUUAUGGUAUGGCUUCGUCUGUAACGGUCCAAGGAGAGUCGAGGAAAUGUGUCUUCGAGGUGGCCUCGUACAGUGCGUAUGAUGCUGCAGCCCAAUCUGCGAGAGCCAGAGCCAGUGCCAGGGGAAAAUAAGCCCGUUUUGAAGGCCAGAAAGGCCCAGACCGGUCACAGUGUUUAGUGUUUCCAUUAUGACAGAUCAACGUGGCUGUUGUCAGUUUUUAUACAAUUAUUUUUGCUUUUCAUCAAAUUAUUUCACUUUCGAUAAUCUACUUACGAAUGUCCAAAUUACAUUAUGGAAAUAAAAGGUUUUAGUGCAGUUUA